AUGGCCGACAACACAGAGGCGAGCAGCGAUGCUCAGGUCACUUUCAAGGUCAAGACGUCGGGCGAUCACACCCACACAAUCACCAUGGCCGAGAGCGCCACCGUGCUGGACCUCAAGAACAAGCUUGCGACCGAAGCCUACGAGAACAUUGCUGUCGAGCGUCAGCGCCUCAUCUACUCGGGACGCGUGCUCAAGAACGACGACACACUAGGCUCGUACAAGAUCAAGCCCAACAACACAAUCCACAUGGUCAAGAGCGCGGCCAGCAACCCCACGCCUCAGCCUGCGAACGCCGCGAGCUCGACCCCCACCUCGACAGGCGUUCCAACCAACAUGGCGGCGGGGACCGCCAACAACCCCCUCGCCAACCUCACCGGUGCGCGGUAUGCUGGCCAUGGUAUCAAUAUGCCUGGAAUGGACAUGUUUGGCCCUGACGGCGGGAUGAGCGGCCCCAUGAUGGACGAGGACAGCAUGUCGCGCAUGAUGGAGAACCCAAACGUCCAGCAGCAGAUGAACGAGGCUCUCAACAACCCCGACUUCAUCAACAUGAUGAUCGAGUCCAACCCCAUGCUGCGCAACGUGCCCAACGCGCGCGAGAUCCUGCAGUCGCCGUUCAUGCGACAGAUGAUGACGAACCCUGAGAUGAUGCGGUCGGCGAUGCGGAUGCAGCGAAACAUGCAGCCGGGGGGCAACCCAGCCUUCCCCGCGCCCGGUGCGACGGACACAACUCCCUCCGGGUCGGCAGCGACAGAUGGUGGUAACAAUGCGAACGCACAGGGCGGCCAAGGCCAACCGCCGAAUCCAUUUGGCGGCCCGUCGUUGGCCGACAUGAUGAUGGGCGGACAGGGCGGUGCUGGGCAAGGUGGCCAGGGCAUGGACGCGCUCUUCAACAUGAUGCGCGCUGGGCAGGGUGCCACCGCGACUGGGCAGGCCCCGAACCAGGGCGCCGGCGCGACACCAGAAGGGACGACGGGUCAAAGCCAAGGACAAGGACAGGAGGGCGCUCAGCAGAAUCCUUUUGCGGGUAACCCAUUUGCUGCGCUCCUAGGAGGCGCCGCCGCCGCCGGCAACCCUGGUACCGGUGCUGGUGGCUUUGGCGGACUGCCCCCUCCCAACCCCGAAAUGAUGCAGCACAUGUUGCAGAUGCUCGGCGGUGGCGGCGGCGGCGCUGGGGCCGCCCCAGCACCGGCCGACAACCGGCCUCCCGAGGAGCGUUACGCCGACCAGCUCCGUCAGCUAAACGACAUGGGCUUCUUCGACUUUGAUCGCAACGUGGCUGCGUUGCGCCGCAGCGGAGGCAGCGUACAGGGUGCCAUAGAGUAUCUCUUGACAGCGACAGACUGA